UGGAUACAUAACCCAAAAGGCUUGCCUGUGAAUAUUGUCAAGCUUGACGGUCGUAUUUCCAAGAAGCUACAUCCUCAUCAGCGUUCCGGUGUUAUUUUCCUAUAUGAAUGCCUUAUGGGCUUUCGAAGUGAAUCCUUCCGUUCAACUUCAGGAAAAGGCUCGUUUUUACUUGAUAUUAGUUUAGAUGAAGAAAAAUCGGAAAGUGACCAGUCCCAGAGGCAACUCUCUAAUAUUUACGGUGCUAUUCUUGCGUAUGUUCCCGUAUCGGAUCUUCAAAUUCCUUUAUCAGGCAUUCUUCUUUUUAGCGACGAGAUGGGACUAGGAAAAACCAUUCAAUCUAUUUCGGCAAUCUGGAUCCUUCUAAAUCAGAGUCUCUAUGGUAAAGAUUUCAUCGUCAGAAGAUGUCUUAUUCUUACUCCUGGCAGCCUUGUUCACAAUUGGUGUAAGGAGUUCUUUAAAUGGAUCGGGCGUGAACGUCUUCCCAUAUUCUGUGUGGAUUCUGAAAAUACUAUCAAGAGUCAUAACUAA